AUGAGGGAAGGAAAUCUUGUACGCCUCGUCCGCGCUUUCGUCGUGAGCCGGCUGGCAUACGUCCUUCCCUUCCUACGGCUCGGGGUGGCGGAGAAAGCCAAACUUGACUGUUUGAUUAGGAAGGCCUACAAGCGAGCACUUGGCAUCCCGGAUUCUACGUCAAACGAAAAGCUGGCGGCGCUGGGCCUACAUAACACCGUGGAAGAGGUCGUCGAGGCGCAACGGACGUCUCAGCUCGAACGGCUAACAAAGAGCGCGACCGGGCGUCACAUUCUCGAAAGCCUGGGCAUCCGCUACGAAAGACAAACGGGCGAGAAAAUAGACGUGCCGAGACGGGUCCGGGAGAAGCUUACCAUCCCAAACCUGCCACGUCACAUGCACCCCGUGCACCAUGUGGAGCGACGAACGGCGAGAGCCAAGGCCCUUCGAAGACUCCUAGAGAAGGAAGAGGGCGUCUACUACACGGACGCUGCGAGGUACGACAGGGAUGCCAUGGCCGCAGCCGUGGUUGACAAGCAAGGGAAGAUCGUUGCGAGCUGCAGUGUCCGGACGACAGAACCGGAGGUAGCCGAGGAAGUGGCCAUCGCUCUGGCACUCAAGCUGCAAGACGCUAAAAUCAUUGUCAGCGAUUCACAGAUGGCGAUUCGCCAAUACGCCAAGGGACGGAUCUCGCCGGUUACGCUUCGAGUACUAGGUGAUCCUGAAAAGACUGCGAAGGUGAAGCUGAUCUGGACUCCAGCACACUCGUCGCUCCCCGGCAAC